AUGGACCAGAAAUCCUCCUUCGAUCUUCUCCCUGCAGUGCGCGAGGACAUUCCACGCCUUUCUCAAAUCCAUGUUGUGACCUGUCUCCCCGACAACGCCUUCAAGCUCUAUUUUGACGAGCCGGAUGAAUUCAACAAACGCGUUACUGAAAUGCUAGAAGGCCAGGUCGGCACACCAACGUGGAAGCACAUCAAAGCCGUUGACAGAGAGACUGGCCAAAUCGCCGCAUGGGCGUCAUGGAACACACCGACCGUUGAGGAGAUCAAACAACGCGACAGAGAGCAAUCCGAGAAAGAAGAUGCUGCCGCUUUGAAUAGACAUACCCUACAAGGCAGCGACUUUGACUUUCCGCCAGGUUUGCCGGUUUUUGUGCAGCAAGAUACCGAUAAAUGGUUAAAUCACUGGACACGGGCACGUCGCCAUAUUACCUAUAAAGCACUCUUUACAGACCCAGUCUUUCAGCGCAGAGGGAUGGGGAAUGCGCUAGUUCAGUAUGGAAACAAAUUAGCAGAUGAGGUUGGCCUGCCUGUGUUUUUACAGGCUUCUCCAUAUGGCUACCCUAUCUACCGCAAACAUGGCUUUGAGACUGUUCAAUACCUUGAUGUUGAUUUGCGAAAAUGGGCCCCAAAAGCAGACAGCGAUGACAAAGGAUACGGAAAUUAUCGGUUUCGCUACAUGCUUAGACUACCAGAGACAGUGCCAAACUGA